CAGUUUCAGCAGCAAUUGCUUUUACAGUUUAGCAAAGCUUCAGAGCACCAAGCUAGGCCACAAAAAUGAAGCUGCAAUCCCCCUUCUCAUUUUCCCUGCUUCUUCUCUUCCUACACUGCUCCACAAUCCUAGCCCAAUCACCGGCUGCAGCUCCAGCCCCUACAGGAAAAGCACCAGCUGCAGCCCCUCCUCCACCACCACCUGCAGCUGCUGCACCAGCACCUGCUCUGGUCCCGGUAAUGCCUUCAAAAGGCCCUCUUAACGUUGUGAAAGUCCUUCAAAAAGCUGGUCACUUCACAUUCUUCGUCCGCCUCAUAAAAACCACCCAGGAGGACAUCCAGUUAUCUUCCCAGCUUAACGACUCGAGCGAUGGGGUAACCAUCUUCGCCCCAACUGAUGGAGCAUUUUCAAGCAUCAUCAAAUCAGGCACUCUUAACUCCCUUUCUGAUCAAGAAAAGAUCGAGUUGGUUCAGUUUCAUAUAAUUCCAAGAUUCCUGUCGACUUCCCAGUUCCAGACUGUGAGUAACCCUCUAAAAACACUAUCAGGAGCAGGCAACCGAUUCGCUCUCAAUGUGACCACCACUGAAAAUUUAGUAAAUGUAAGUACAGGACUCACCAAUACAAGUGUAUCAGCAAUUGUCUACACAGAUGGGAAGGUUGCCAUUUAUCAGGUUGACAAGGUGCUGCUUCCUCUAGAUCUUUUCGCCCCUAAGCCUCCUGCUCCAGCGCCGGCACCGCCAAAGGCUAAAAAGGAUGAAGGAGCAGAGACUCCUGUGGUUCCUAAGGAUAUUUCUGGUGCAGUACUAAGCUGUAUUAUUCACGAUAAUUUGGUGAUCUUAGGAGUAAUUGGUGUGGUUGGUGCAAUAUUUUCUUUGUGACACAAGAAUUCUGGCGAGGUAUUAUGAAGCAGGUUCGGUUCUUCAAUGGUGUAUGAUUUUGGCGGGUUGGGAUGAACGGCGGUGGUGAUCAACAGGGCCAGUGUGCUUUGAAUAAUGCCAUUACCCAUUCUAUCUCAAUCACAUUUCUAUCCUUCUAAGUUUGUGAAUAAUUUUGAGGGGUUUUCCUUCUUCUUGUUUUAUAUUUUUACUUUUUAAAAUUUUCUUUUUUUUCCUUAAACUUUUAUAUUUUGUGAAUUUUAUAUAUAUAAGUUGAAAAUUUUCAUAUAUUAUUCUA